UUUUUUUUUUUUUNGUUUCGUUCAUCCCUGUUCUCGCUCGACCUGGCGAUGUCGUCGUAACCAGGACAGAGACGCUCUCAAUUCGCAGAAUGUAACGUCGUUAAUCAUUCGAAUUCGCUGCUUCGUCUCUCUGGGUUUCGUCCUUUCACCUCCUCAUUCGAAUCGUUGAAACGACGAAUCGAAGAUUCCUUUUCUCUCUCUAUCCCGACCAAUCAACUGCUGCUGAGUAGCGUAGCAGCUUCUUGACCUAAACUUAACCCUAACUUGUUUCGAGGCGGCGUUAUCAUCAUGGAGUGGAUACCCAAAUCUAUUCCUUUUAUGGAAGCUUCGAAUUUGGCAAACGUGGUUUCAGGAAAUGCAACUCUUGAGCCACAUGAGAGACUUGUUUGCCAUUCUUCGCUAACUGAUGUAGAUAUGGACCUUAGAGAAGUCUAUUUCCUGAUUUUACAUUUUCUUUCUACUGGCCCCUGUGAACGCACCUUUGGGCACUUGAGAGACGAAAUUUUGGAGAAAGGGCUUUUACCCCGUAGAUAUCAUUCCUGGUGGUCAAGAAGUGGCACUUGUACUGGGCGUCCUGACGAUGAUGGCAUCUCCCUUCCGUUGAGUUAUGAUAAUUUGAUAGACAGGUAUCCUCAUAUCGAAAAGGAUCACUUGGUGAAGCUUCUCAAACAACUUAUUUUACCUUCACACAUGAGAGUUGAAGGAAAUGCUCCCAAUGCUGCUGAUGUUCCAACACUACUGGGAUCUGGCACCUUUUCACUUGUGGAUCAUAAAAAUAUAGAGUCUCAGAAAGCUAGGCAUGUUGCGUCAUACUUACGCUGGCCGCAUAUGCAUGCCGAUCAAGUGCGUGGACUAAGUCUCAGGGAAAUAGGAGGAGGUUUCAGAAAACACCACCGUGCUCCGUCCAUUCUUUCAGCAUGCCAUGCUAUUGCAAAACCAUCAACAAUGGUUCAAAAGAUGCAAAAUAUAAAGAAGCUCAGAGGACAUCGUAAUGCUGUCUACUGCGCUAUAUUUGAUCGUUCUGGAAGAUAUGUUAUCACUGGUUCUGAUGACCGGCUUGUCAAAAUUUGGUCAAUGGAAACUGCGCUUUGCUUGGCUAGCUGCCGCGGGCAUGAAGGUGACAUUACAGACUUGGCCGUUAGUUCAAACAAUGCAUUGGUGGCGUCAGCUUCAAACGAUUUUGUGAUCCGAGUGUGGCGGUUGCCUGAUGGAAUGCCAAUUUCUGUAUUGCGGGGCCACACUGGAGCUGUUACUGCAAUUGCAUUCAGUCCCAGACAGGCGUCUGUUUACCAACUUUUAUCGUCAUCAGAUGAUGGAACCUGUCGUAUCUGGGAUGCUAGGUAUUCUCAAUGGCUCCCACGAAUCUAUGUUCCAAGUCCAUCAGAUGCUAGCACUGGCAAAAACACUUUUACAUCUUCCAACAAAGCGUCCACGAGCAAUGCAUCUCAGAGUCAUCAAAUAUUAUGUUGUGCUUACAAUGCUAAUGGGACCAUUUUCGUCACGGGUAGCUCUGACAGCAAUGCAAGGGUUUGGAGUGCCUCAAAACCUAACUUGGAUGAUGCUGAACAGCCGACUCAUGAGCUGGAUGUUCUACGUGGCCAUGAGAAUGAUGUCAACUAUGUGCAGUUUAGUGGUUGUGCUGUGGCUCCAAAAUCUUCAACAGCUGAUACUCUGAAGGAAGAUUGUUACCCAAAGUUUAAGAAUUCCUGGUUUUGUCAUGACAACAUAGUAACCUGCUCUCGCGAUGGUAGUGCAAUUAUAUGGACUCCAAGAUCACGUAAAUUCCAUGGGAAAUCUGGACGCUGGAUGAAAGGAUAUCAUCUGAAGGUGCCACCUCCUCCACUUCCUCCACAACCUCCUCGAGGAGGCCCACGUCAAAGGUUUCUUCCAACACCACGGGGUGUAAAUAUGAUUAUAUGGAGCUUGGAUAAUCGCUUCGUACUUGCCGCUAUCAUGGAUUGCAGGAUAUGUGUUUGGAAUGCUGCUGAUGGUAGCUUAGUGCAUUGUUUAACUGGUCACAGUGAAUCGUCCUAUGUCUUGGAUGUCCAUCCUUUCAAUCCUCGUAUUGCUAUGAGCGCUGGCUACGAUGGGAAAACAAUUAUCUGGGAUAUAUGGGAGGGUAUACCAAUCAAAGUAUACGAAAUCGGGAGAUUUAAGUUGGUUGAUGGAAAAUUUUCACAAGAUGGGACAUCUAUUGUGCUUUCAGAUGACGUUGGCCAGAUAUAUUUCCUAAACACAGGACAAGGAGAGUCUCAAAAGAAUGCAAAAUACGAUCAGGCUGAUUUGGAGCAAUUAUCUUCUAAAUCUUUGGAGGAGCAUCACAGAGUGAUUGGUAUAUACUCAAGAGAGCCCGGUUCAAGUUCUGUAGAUGCAAAAGGUGAUUCAUGGUGUCAGGAUAUUCCGCAAUCUAUGAAUACUCCACAGAGAGAAAAGACAGAUAAUCAGAUGAUAAAAUCUUCAGAUCAAGACCAUAAUAUGUGCAAAGAUGAAGAUCUGUCAAGAGUUGAACCCUUGUCUGGUCAGUUGAGAAAUUGCGAUAUAGAUGCUUCUAUGGAAGCUGAUGAGAUUUUUCCAAAGAAAGUUCGACGACUGAGAUUAAAGCUUCGGCAUCCCAGCAGUCCUCUUAAACUAGAGCCUGCUGAAGUAGCAGAUGAUUUGGCAGAUGGUGGAGAUGGGUUUGCAUCCGUAGCUCCCUCUUCCAUGAAUCAUUUUAUGGAUUCUGAACCUGUAAUAGAUAAAGUUAGAGAUUCGUCUGCACAUGACUUUGAUUUUGAAGAAGCUACAGCUGAUGUGAUACGUAGGAAAAGAUCCAUGAGAAGUGAAUCUAGUACAAGAAAUAGCACAUUACGCACAAGGUUAGGCUCUGGAUCUGUAAAUGAAAUAAAGAAACAAGAAAAACCUUCCACGAGCGUGUGUGAUGGUGCGUCAUUUGAAGAAUGGCCUUCUACGAUCAAAGCUGCGUCCCGGUCAAGAUCUGCAAGCGCCGUCAAACAAAGUCACCAUACUGAAUUUAAGUUGAAUAAUAAUGCCUCACGAAAAAUUUCAUGGUUAAUGUUGUCUGAACACGAGGAAGGCUGCCGUUAUAUACCCCAGCUAGGUGAUGAAGUUGUUUACUUCAAGCAGGGUCAUCAAGAGUUCAUUGCAUCUAGCGAAUUAAAUGACAGUGACCGAAGGUUGCUUCCUCGAAACCUAGGAGCGGUAGAGAUUUGCAGAGUUGAGAAACUCAAUUACGAUACAUAUCGUGGUUCUGGCGAAAGCUGCUGCAAAAUGACCCUCAGGGUUCUGGAUUUUUCUUCAUCACAUGCCUCCCGCAAAGAGUUUCAACUGACGCUUCCUGAUCUCAUUAAUUUCCCUGAUUUUGUUGUUGAGAAGACUCGAUAUGAUGCUGCAAUUCAAACGAAAUGGGAAAUCGGUGAUGAGUGCCGUGUGUGGUGGAGAAAUGAAUCCGGUGAAGGCGGGGCGUGGUGGGAAGGUAGGAUUGAGUCUUCACAAGUUAAAUCCCCUGACUUCCCAGAUAGUCCUUGGGAAAGAUACAGAGUUGUCUAUGAAACUGGGGAGAGAGAUCUUCACAGCCCGUGGGAGUUUGACAAUCCCCAGUUUCCCUGGGAAAACUCUACCAUCGAAGAAAAGAAAAGAGAUAAGCUGCUUUCAUUAUUUGUUGGACUAGUGAAAUCAAUCAGCAAGCAUCAGGACAGCUAUGGGAUCCAAAAGCUAAACGAAGCUGCUCAAAAGAUGGAUUUCUGCAAUAGGUUCCCGGUUCCUUUAUACCCUGAGCUGAUUCACAAGAGACUAGAGAAUCAGUACUACAGAAGUAUUGAAUCGUUUAAACACGACAUGGAUGCAAUGCUCUCAAACGCGGAGUCUUAUUUUGCUAGGAAUGCACAUAUGCUUUCGAAGAUAAAGCGACUGGGAGAUAAAUUGACAAAAACGUUAAGAAAGCUGAUCUGAUGAGAGAAGGCAAACAACAACACUGGUAUGCGUCUUUUUAGUCCUUGCUGCUUCUGUAUCUUGUGAACACGCUAGGAUGCGGCAGUUAUUUUAUCUUUUUAUAUAAAAUUAUACUAGCGAAGAGAGUGUUAAAAGAAGAAAGAAAAAUUAGAAGUAUUCUCACUCUUAAACAAAAGAAGUCGGUUUUGUUUUGUAGUCACCCGACACAGGUUAAUGUAUAGUUUAGUUUUUUUAGUUCCCAUAAGACUAACAACAACAACAUGUCUGUCUGUCUGUAACAGAAAUUUACUCUUUUUGUCACAAGAAUGACAUCAUAAGUCUAAUUUUUAUUUUGAUUC